ACAGUCAUGUCAGACUGUUUGAGGUUGGCAUCAUUCCUGAACCAUGAAACGGUUAAGAAAUAUCCUGUCCCACUGGCUGCCGGACUCAUAAAGGUGGACCCACGUGUACUUCCUUGUGGCUCCAAGACGCAGCCCAAGCCUGCUCACUCAUUUGCUCCCGCCCAGAGGGAGAGAAGGCAGCAGCAGCGGGAGGCAGGGCUGCCACCCUCCCAUGCAAAUCACCCCAGGGAGUAUAGCUGGAUUCCUCCUGCUCCUCCCCGGGCAAUGCUCCUGGGCAGGCCCUGUGGGAGAUGCCAUCCGGGGCGCUGUGUGUUUAUCCUGGUCAUUGCCCUCCUGUGUGACGCCGCGGGCCUGGUGGUUUUACUUCUGGGGAUCUUUGCCACGCUCAACUACUGGGACUUCUUAGUCUACACGGGGGCCCUGAUCCUGGCUCUCAGCCUGCUCUUCUGGAUCGCCUGGUAUUCCUUCAACAUCGAGGUGCCUCUGGAGAAGCUAGACUUGUAGUUUGGCCGAGGCAGAGGAGGAGGGAUGCAGGAGCCACAUGAAGCUGUCAACCUGGGGCCAUCUGGCAGUGAUGUGUUACAGCUCCUACCCAGCAGGCAGGCCCCCACCGGGACCAGGUGAGUGCAUGCAAGACCUGCCUGGCAGGGUGGCCAGGGAGACUCAGAGGAGCAGGGACAGGCCAGGACUAAGU